ACCUUUUUCCUUUAACAUUACACAUAUAUACUAACUGUGUUGACUGUUGCCAGCGCCGCGACUUCAAUAAGUGGACACCUGAAACUACGAGAAACGGGGGGCUGGUCAGUACUGUCAGCGCAUUUUGGAACGCAGCCUGUAUAAAUCUCGUUAAACACGUAUAGGUUAACACGCUAAUACGGAUUGCCACCCCGAGGCUUAUUCAACUAUAUUAGCUUUUAUCUUUCUGAAAACUAUAAGAUUGAUCGGCCAGGACACAAUAUUGGAAAACCUUAUAGAUAUCAAACUACAUCUUCCGAUGAAGUCCCACAUUCAAAAAAGAUGAAUUCCAGCGAACAGAUCUAGCGACUUGCAAUCGCUGCUACAUCGAUCGAUCGAUCGUAUGUGAGUGCGUGGGUGCACUCGUGUGAAUACAUCGUGUGCAUCUUAAGAAAUUUUCAAAUUCCGCAAGAAUACGCUACAUUGAAGUGAUCAUCAUGUACGUCGCAGCGCUCGACAUCGGCACCACCACAGUACGCUUCCAUAUCCUAGACAAGAACGCAAUCACAGUAGCUUCCUCAUCGGAGAAGGUAAAAUUGAUCUAUCCACAGCCUGGCUACGUGGAAAUAGAUCCCAAUGAUCUGUGGGAGAUAAUAAUGAAAGUUAUCAAGGACACAUUAGACGGCAGUAAAAUCGAUUCUAGAUUAAUUCAGUCCUUGGGAAUCUCGUCACAACGUGCUUCCUUCAUCACGUGGAGUUUAAAAACCGGUUUACCUUUCCACAGAUUUAUAACAUGGAAAGAUCAACGAGCGGCGACCUUAGUCGACGAGUGGAAUCGGUCAUUGAUAAUAAAGGGUCUACGUAUGGGUUCGCACUUUUUGUACAUGCUCACGAAGAACAAACGGUUCCUGGCAGGCAGCGUGAUGAAAUUUAUGAAUGUGCAGGUCACCAUGAAGUUAAUAUGGGUUUUUGAGAACAUAUUAGGUCUCCGGAAAGCCGCCGAUAAGGGCGAAGUGGCAUUCGGAGGUGUCGACUCUUGGUUUUUGUAUAAAUUAACGGGAAAACAUGUAAUGGACACUUCAUGUGCCUCAGCCACUGGCAUAUUUGAUCCGUUCACGAUGCAAUGGGCUGAAUGGGCGAUAAAUAUCUUGAGAUUGCCGCGCAGCAUUUUCCCAGAAGUGGUAGAUACAGUAGGAGACUUCGGAAUUACGCCCGUGGGCAUGUUUGGCAGAGAAAUUCGGAUUUGUUGCUCGAUCGCUGACCAAGCGGCGUCGUUAUUUGGUUCGAAAUGCUUCUAUCCUGGCGACCUCAAGAUCACCAUGGGAACCGGCACCUUCGUGAACGUUAACACAGGACAAGAGGCGCAUGCAUCUAUUAAAGGUCUUUAUCCGGUUGUCGGAUGGCGUAUCAAGAAUGAACUGAUUUAUAUCGUGGAAGGAUCCUCGAGUGACACCGGCAUAUUAGUCGAAUGGGCCAAAGAAAUAGGACUUGUAAACAAUGCCAAGGAGACUGCUGACAUUGCAAAAAAGGUUAAUGAUUCUGAUGGAGUAUACUUCAUUCCAGCAUUCAGCGGCCUUCAGUUAUUAUUUCAGGCACCCAUAAAUAAUCCCGCGGCCGCAGCAGGUUUUAUAGGAUUGAAGCCUACCACGAAAAGAGCGCAUAUCGUCCGAUCAUUGUUGGAGAGUCUUGUUUUCAGAAUAAUAAUGCUUUACAACUGCCUUUGGGAAGAAACCUCUUUCACAUAUAAAAAUAUCAGGAUCGACGGAGGAGUUUCCGAAAAUGAUUUCGUUAUGCAAUUACUGAGCGAUUUAACAGGAUUGGAAGUGGAGCGUUCAGAAACUGUCGAGAUGUCUAUCUUGGGAUCAGCUUUCAUGGCUGGCUUGGAAAGCGGAUUGUGGAAUAGCAGAGAAGAAAUAUCACAACUUCAACAAAUGAAAAAAAUAUUCAAGCCCAAUAAGGAUAUAUGCAUAUCUUAUAAAAACACGAUAGAUCAGUGGAAACGAGCGGUUGAUCGUUUUAAAAAUUGGUAUUGACCAUGACUUUUGAAAUAAAAGGAAUGAUAGUUUGCAUCUUACAAUUACAUUAAGUCGUCAAUCAAAGCGUAAAAAUGCAGGAAAUAUUUUAUAUACAGGGUGUCCCAUUUUAAAACCUUCAUGCGAACAUCUCUGAAUGAUCAAAUUUUCAGCAAAUGUUUCAGAUAAAAGUUGUUGAGUUCAGAGGGGACCAUUUGAUGACGACCUUGACUUUGAUCUUGGAGGUCACUUUGAAGGUUAUUUGAAGGUUAACUUCGUUCUUUUUUAAUGGAAACCCCUAUUUUUUACUACAGAUUUGUAUUCUACAUAAAAAGUUAAGAGAGUUUUA